ACCUCUUCAAUCCAGGAUCGGUACAACAAGUUUUUCGUGGAGGCCGGUGCCCUGGACGGGAGGACAAUAUCGAAGACCCUCUACUUGGAAGAGAACUACGGAUGGACGGGACUCUUGGUGGAACCGAAUCCUCACCUUUUCCAGAAAAUGACGACCCAAAACAGAAAUGCUUGGCUUGCACCCUAUUGCCUCUCACCGGAGGACAACAUCAUACAAGAGUUGAUGGAGUAUCCGUAUGACCAGAAAAAUCCGAUAGCUUCCUGGGGAGGUGGGAUCAGCAAAGAAGGAACGAAAAUCAAGGGACCCUUUAGUAAAGACAUUCCCGUUUACUCAGCCCUGGUCAAAUGCUAUCCCCUUCACAUGCUCUUGGACGCUUUGGACAUCACGACUGUGCACUUUUUCAGCCUGGACGUGGAGGGACUCGAACUGAAAGUUCUCAAGACGUUGCCUUUUCAUCGCAUUCAAUUUCACGUGAUCGAAGUGGAAUACAUUUUCACGGACGAAGGAAAAGAGGCUCUCAGAGACUUCCUCCUUUCACUGGGAUAUAAACUGGAGAAUGAACAAUGGCUUUACAAUACUGUCAUUCUCCGCAAGAAGGUCCCUCAUUUGCUGAUGAAUGUGGACUACUGGCUCUGGUUCUCAAUUUCCUUCUCAGAAAUGAUUAAGAUUUCUUAA